AUGACACAAAGUGCAACAGCUGAAGAGAUCAAAUCAGUUUUGCUAGCUUGUUUGAAUAAGACUGGAAUACAAGAAAAACAAAUUUACUCGUUAACCACAGAUAACGGAUCAAACGUAAUCAAAGUAGGAAAACUGAUGCAGAGUGAUACACAGGUGAAAGAAGGAAACAGUGAAGAAAUUUUGAGUGACAAUGAAGAAAACGAUGAUGAACAAGUAUUGGAAGCUGCUGAAAAUAAGUUAAAUGACUUAGUAAAUGACAUUCACUUAGCAGCUAAAAGUGUUACAUCAGUAAGGUGCGCUUUACACACCAUGCAACUCUGUGUGCAUGAUGUUCUGAAAACAGACAGUGUAAAACAUAUCUUAUGUAGGGUGCGGAAAGUGGUGAACAAGACGCAUACACAAAAUAUGCGCUUAAUAUUCAAGAACAGCUCCAUAUCACUUCCAAAACUAGACUGUGAAACAAGAUGGGGCUCAACGUAUGAUAUGUUGGACAGUGUCCUUGAAAAAAAGUUAUUCUUGAACCAAAUUGGCCUAGCUAAUGAAUCUUUACUUAUUUUAGAUGAAGAUUGGGAGAAAAUAAGUGACAUAACAGAAGCUCUGAAACCACUCCGUGAGACUACAUGUGCACUACAGAUGAAAAAUCUCACAGCUGGAGAAUUCCUUGCUCAGUGGGUAAAGUGCAAAGUUGUUUUGGAAAGAAGCACUGCAGUCACAGCACCACUUCUCCUUCAAGCCAUGGAAAAACGGCAAGAUUCUCUGCUUAGGAACCCUGCUUUCCUAUCUGCUGUGUAUCUUGACAGAAGAUAUAAUGUUCUCCUCACCGAAGAACAGAAGGAACUUAGUCAAAUACAUCUUCUUGGACUUUGGAAAAAAAUCAAAACUAUUUCUUCUACUAGUUCUAUGUCGUCAGUCUCAAUGCUGGCAAAAGACGAUUCAUUCACGAGCGGCGAUAGUGAUGGUGAAGGUGACUCAGCACUUGGGUCAGUAGAUAUUGUAGAGCAAUUACUCCGAGUCAGUGAUGUAAGCAGAGCAACUGAUACCGCAAGCAAAGAGAGUGAAGUGGCUGAGCAUAUCAAAAUGUUCGCCAAAGCUUCACGUAUCAGUAAAAAUGAGUGUAUUUUCCAGUGGUGGCAUUAUCAACAAGAAAGUGCACUAAAAAAUCUUGCUGAAGUAGCAGUUGCUCUGCCUGUUACUCAAGCGAGCGUAGAGCGCACAUUCUCUGGGUUGCGCUAUAUUCUUAAUGAUUUAAGACUAGGUCUAAAAGAGGAUAUUGUUGACGCUGUAAUGCUAUUGCGCUGCAACACAUAA